AUGGCCAUCUCGCCGGCCUCGAGCGGUCUUGACAAUGAUACUCGUGGCUGGAUCAUGUGUGUUGUCAGCGGCAUUGCCUGCGUUGUCGGUGCCUCCAUACUCUUUUCCGCAUUGUAUAGUAUGCUGCCCGAAUCUAAGGAAUACUUCGAGCAGGCCAAAUGGUCCAAGCAGGCGGCGGGCCUAACCAUGAUGGCCUGUUUCGUUGGUGGUUUCAUUGGUAUCCAGGGUGUUUCGCGAUUGCUUCACCAGUUCAUGCCCACCCACGUUGUUGAGUGCGACCAUUCUCAUGACGAGAAUGCGACAAAAGAUACCUCGUGCCAGCAUGAUAGGAGACAGUCUAGGGCCCGUCGUGGUUCCUCACGUCCUCCAUCGUCCCAAGCCCCUAUCGACAAGUCGCUGCCCAAACUCGUCACCAGCCAAUCGCCAAACAUCGCUACCGAGUCCACGCCUCUGCUCGAGUCAAGUUUGGAUAGCCCGACCAGUACUCUUAAACGUCAAGCUUCUACCCGCGACGAAUUGCGACGUCCUGCCAGCCCGAUCCGAAGCCGCACUACUACCGAUGCCUUCCCCGAGAGGAGAAAGUCAAUUCGAGAGGUUCACAAGCGUGUCAUGUCCUUUGUUCAAGAUACAAAGUGCAACUGCGACGAGUCAAACUCUUGUUACGGGUUCUCGGAUCCAUGCGGCCAGGAGUGUUUCAAGCAUCUGAAUAAUCGUGUCAGCCUACCUAGCAGACCUGGACGACAAACUCAGGUUCUUCGUACUACAACAGGCUCAUUUCUACGUGGAAACGAGCAUUCGCAUGCCCAUCAUGAUCAUCCGCACGGUGAGGAGUGUGAAGAAUCUAUAGAGCCUUUUGCCAGACCGACAUACCGAAUCAGCAGAGCCAAGUCGCGCGAGCCAAUCGAACCGACAGUCCCGGAAGAAGUUUCUGACCACGAUGCAUCAUGUUCAUCUGCAGCAGACGAUGAGGAUGUCGAGGCCCAGCAUCAUCAUCACGUCCCAACCAAUGCCUUCCUGUCCAUUGGUCUUCAAACUUCUAUAGCUAUUGCCCUACACAAGUUCCCUGAGGGUUUCAUCACUUAUGCUACUAACCACGUGAACCCUUCCCUAGGCUUCAAUGUUUUCAUGGCCCUUUUUGUCCACAACAUCACUGAAGGCUUUGCCAUGUGCUUGCCCCUAUACAUGGCACUGGGUUCUCGUUGGCGCGCCAUGGCCUGGUCAGCCUUCCUGGGUGGUCUCUCUCAGCCACUAGGCGCAGGUAUUGCCGCACUGUGGUUCAAGGUUGCUGAUGGGACAAAUAUGCAACCCAAUGCGGUUGCAUAUGCUUGCCUAUUUGCCGUUACAUCUGGGAUAAUGGUUAGUGUGGCUUUGCAGUUGUUUGUGGAGAGUCUGAGCCUCAACCACAGUCGCAACUUGUGUAUUUUCUUUGGUUUCCUCGGCAUGGCUUUGCUCGGAUUUAGCAACGCUCUUGUUGGUUCUCACUAG